AUGAAAUUCCUUCUAGAAGCUUUCUGGAAACCUUCCCCAUCAGGCUUAAGCCCAAUCUCCUUCUUUCAUGCAUGGACCAUCAUUCUCCCCACGCGUCCAGCUUUUCGCCAGGUUUGUGCUUUCCCUCCCCUGAAGCUCCUUGUCAGAGAUGAUGACGGCGGCACCCCUUUUUGGCCGUUACUCCCUAGCUCAGAUGCUCAGCUGCCCUGCGCAAGCGCCGACCUAGAGAUGGCAGAGGCCAAGAGAGUCCACUGUGAAGAUGCUGAUCCUCGCUAA